AUUUUGAGCCGGUAUGAAAUGGGCAGAAUGCUUGGUAAGGGUGGAUUUGGCUCUGUUUAUGAAGGGAAACGCUUGGAGGAUGGCCUUGAGGUGGCAGUGAAAAUUGCCAGAAAGCCGAAGAACAUGAAAUACAUAUACAUUCCUGGUCAUCCCGCACCCUUGCCAUUAGAGAUCGGCCUUUUAGUCCUUGCUAAUAGGGGCCCUAAAGUUUCAGAGAUCAUCGAGCUGCUGGACUGGCAGGACCAGCCUGACCAAUAUAUCAUGGUCUUGGAGCGUCCCUCGCCUUGUAAAGAUCUGUGGAGGUUUUGGACUUGUCACAGAGGCAUCCUAAAUGAGGACACAGCACGAUUUAUUUUUGCGCAGACAACAAUGGCUGCUCAUAUGUGCUGUCGCCGUGGAGUGUUUCACCGUGAUAUUAAGCUGGAGAACCUGCUAAUCAACACAGACACGCUUGAGGUCAAACUAAUUGACUUCGGGUGCGGGGAUCUCCUGCAGGAAUCUGGCUAUGAAAGAUUCUGUGGCACUCUAAAAUACCGCCCGCCUGAGUACUGCGCGGAGGGCGAGUACCACGGUAAACCAGCUACUGUGUGGUCUCUGGGAGUGCUCUUAUUCCUGUUGGUGUGUGGACGCUUUCCAGAACCAAGAGACCGGCAGAUGAUUGAUGAUGACAUCUGGUCUGAGCCUGGCUUGUCAAACGAAUGCUGCCUCCUGAUUCGGUCCCUCCUGAAGGAUAGUCCACGACAACGGAUUUGUUUGAGGAAAAUCCUUCAACAUGAAUGGUUUAAGGUCACAGAAUAAGACAUUAAGAGGAAUGUCAGA